AUGUCUACUUGCGUCGCUACCCAGACUUUCACCCAGGUCUCCCCCAAGGCCUACCAGCCGGAGUCGGACUACACCACCUCCGCCGGCCCCAACAAGCCUCGUCCCGGCAGCCCCGGUCCCAACAAGCCCGACAGCUGUGGCAUCGAGCCCGCCGGUCCCAUUAAGAGGAACAAUCCUAUCCCUCAUCCUCAGACUCCCUUGGUCCCUGUCCCCAACAGCGACGGCGAGGGCAAUUCCAAGCCUGCCCCUCGUCCCCCUACUCCUCACCCCAACGGUGACCUCCUCGAUCUGGACCCCAUCCCCCAUCCUCAGACUCCUCUGGUCCCGGUUCCCAACAGCGAUGACAUGCCCGUCCCUCGUCCCCAGACUCCCUUGGUUCCAGUAACCUCUGACAACUCCGACGACGAGUGCAUCGAUGAGGACAUGCCGAGCCCCCGUCCUCAGACCCCCCUCGUCCCGCUCGUCCCGGUUACCUCUGAUGACUCCGACGAUGAAUGCCUCGACGACGAUCCCAUCCCUCGUCCUCAGGCCCCUCUCGUUCCCGUCCCCAACAGCGACGAGGAGAUGCCCGUCCCCCGCCCUCAAACCCCACUCGUCCCUGUUACCAGCGACGAUUCCGACGAUGAGUGCAUGGAUGAUGAUCCCAUCCCUCGUCCUCAGACCCCUCUCGUUCCCGUCCCCAACAGCGACGGUGAAGGCGACUCCAAGCCCGCUCCCCGCCCUCCUACUCCCCACCCCAACGGCGACGAUGAGGACAUGCCCGUUCCUCGCCCUCAGACUCCCCUCGUUCCGGUUCCUAACUCGAAUGAGGUGGACCCCAUUCCUUGUCCCCAGACGCCCAUGGUCCCGAAGCCAAAUGCCGAUACGGUCAAGCCGGUUGCUUGCUGCUAA